GGGUGGCGUCAUGGCGGUGAACUACAGCGCUAAGGAGGAGGCGGACGGGCACCCUGCGGGCGGCGGGCCUGGCGGCGGGGCCGCGGCCGGCGGUGGUGGAGCGGUGAAGACCCGCAAGCCGGACAACACGGCGUUCAAGCAGCAGCGCCUGCCCGCCUGGCAGCCCAUCCUGACGGCGGGCACAGUGCUGCCGGCCUUCUUCAUUAUCGGCCUCAUCUUCAUCCCCAUCGGUAUCGGCAUCUUCGUCACCUCCAACAACAUCCGCGAGUACGAGAUCGAUUAUACAGGAAUAGAGCCUUCCAGUCCUUGCAACAAAUGUUUAAAUGUGUCCUGGGAUAGCACACCGCCUUGUACUUGCACAAUCAAUUUCACAUUGGAGCAUUCAUUUGAGAGUAAUGUAUUCAUGUAUUAUGGACUUUCCAACUUCUAUCAAAACCACCGUCGCUAUGUGAAAUCGCGAGAUGACAGCCAGCUAAACGGAGACAACAGCUCAUUACUUAAUCCAAGUAAGGAAUGUGAGCCCUACCGCACAAACGAGGAUAAGCCCAUUGCUCCCUGUGGGGCUAUUGCCAACAGUAUGUUUAAUGAUACAUUGGAAUUAUACCACGUUGAAAAUGACACAAGGACUGCUAUUACUUUGAUUAAAAAAGGCAUUGCGUGGUGGACAGAUAAAAAUGUGAAGUUCAGGAACCCUACAGGAGAUGGAAAUAAUUUAACUGCACUCUUCCAAGGUACAACAAAACCAGUAAACUGGCCCAAACCAGUGUAUAUGCUGGACUCUGAGCCUGACAACAAUGGCUUUAUCAAUGAAGACUUUAUCGUGUGGAUGCGCACUGCUGCUCUGCCAACGUUUCGUAAGCUGUAUCGUCUCAUUGAAAGGAAGAGUAACUUACAGCCUACCUUACAGGCUGGAAAAUAUUCUUUGGAUAUCACGUACAAUUAUCCCGUGCACAGUUUUGAUGGACGAAAAAGAAUGAUCCUAAGCACCAUCUCAUGGAUGGGAGGCAAAAACCCCUUUCUGGGAAUUGCGUACAUCACUGUUGGGUCCAUAUGCUUCUUCUUAGGAGUUGUAUUGCUGAUCAUCCAUCACAAAUACGGAAAUAGAAACACUAGUGCAGACAUUCCCAAUUAAUCUCGCAUUUUGAAAGCAACCAUGCUGCAUGUGCAUCAAGGCCAGUCCAGAACGGACUCAGUUGUUGGAAGAUAAAUCUCUGCUAACGUCACUUCUGAGGCUGGGUAUAUAAUUUUAUCUAAAGACCUCCUUUUCCCUUGCUGUGAAUUAAAUCUCAAAAUGACGGGUAUACAAUUAACUGCAUUGACUGUAUCUCUGCAUACAUCAGAAACAUUUUUCUGAUGUUUGCCUCUAGCUGGGCAGGCCACUUGAUGCAUGUAGCCCUGGUUCCCUUGAUGCAUCUGCUGCUUGUCAUGUGCUGUGUAAUGUCAGUAUGAUUCAGUACAUACAGAUUGUGGAGAAGACCAUUGUAAGAUACUGUGUAAAUUGUUAACUUAGCAGAAUUUGAGUGUCAGUGCUGUUGAAAGGAAAAGGCAAGUCUCAAGUGUUUUUUCGAUUUACUGUCUUGUGUGCAUGGACUCCUACAUUUCUGGCUGAGAUUUUAAUAUAUUUAUAUUAGCAGUUAAAUGUUUUUUCCUGUGUCCUACCCACCUUUGUUAUGUUACAUUAUUUAAAGGCAGUGCAAACUGCAGCACCUGGAAUUCCUUUUAAUAGUUGCAACAGAUGUGCCUGGCCAGUAAAACAGCAUUCUAUAAAGGCAUCGGAAAGCCUAUUUGUGAAUUAUCUGUAUGAGUUCCUCUUAAAUUUUGUUCUAAACUGGGAGACAUUUGUUGCAGGUAGAACCUGCGGUUUUGUCAUUUUCUUUGCUUUAAGUUAUAUCCAGCAGUAGUUUUCCUGAUGUGCUUGCUAGUUUUACUUUUUAAAGAUUAUCUCCAAGCAGUAAGCAAGAUGAACCUAAAAUGUCUGUUCCAGUCACAAAUUUGAGCAAAUUCCUUUCACUAACAGAGUUUAUUGAAAUGUGUAUUCUGCUGAGUAGGCUUUGUUGUAAAGGAAAUCUCAUGUUCUGUUUCCUUAUUUGGAGUAGAUGCCACAAUAAAUUCUUUCAGUGUUGAGAUACUGAACUGUAGAAAUGGAAGAGUUGAGAUGACAGUAAUCUCUGUUAUUCCAGUGCAGGUUAAGUUUGCAGUGAAACAUAAUUGAAAUAUUGCAGUUAGAAGCGGUGUGAGUUUUAAUGUCUUAAACUACAGAAAGAUUCACUUCCAGGUUAAUUUGAAGCUAGCUAAUCUGUAAAAUACUAUUUGACUUUUUUUUUUUUUUUUUUUUUUAGAUGAUGCACAGAAAUUGUAAUGUAUAUGGUGGAGAUCACUUUAUAUGCAACUAGCUUCAUAAGUACUGAGUGUAUUAAAAAGACCUAAUAAAUUCUGCAAACCAUUUAUUAAGAGCUUUUACUUUGUUCUUGAACAUGCAUUUAUUUUCAUCUGGAUGAAAAGACAUUAAGAUUGAAUGCAUUUUACGCAGAUUAUGUUUCUCACUUACAAAAAAAUCAAUGUAACAUCCAUAGCCAACUUUAUACAACACUGUAUUAAUUUAGCACAUAAAUGCAAAACUAUUUUUACUCAAUUACUUGUGUAAUCUUUUUCAGCUAGCAGUUUAAGUGUAUUGGUCUGCAUACACUGCAGAGUGAAGCAGUGUUUCCAUGGUGCUGGUUUUCUGUAUAAGCAUGUAAUUUGCUUACACAGUAUAUUGUGGAAACACAGGGCUCUUAAAUCUUCUAGGUUUUUUUGUAGUGUUGUGUCUGUUGCUGGAACUAUAGUAUAAGGAUAUAUAACUCUGUAUAUUGCAAGGUUGAAAAGUUGCACAAAAUUUUAAGCUGGUCAUUCCUCUGUAGAAGAGUUUAGUCAAAACAAAGUAAACAAGUAAGGAGAUGUUUUCCAUUUACUGCUUAUUAAAAUAUUUUGAUUUUUAAA